AUGUUGCUUGGACUUUCAAUUUUGAAAUUCAAAGAAAAAAAAAUCAGUGGCUUACUCGAGACAUCAAAAUUUCAAAAAUUAAACUUCUUUGUUUCUGUCGUGUUUUAUGAUUUGAAUAAUCGCAAGAAGAUGAAAUUGACAAAGUUUUCCUUUAUCUUCUUAAUUGUAAUUUCAUUGAGUGUUGCACAAUCACAAAAUAAUGAACGCGAGUUCAACAAAACUGAUUAUCACACGAAACGGAUGAUAUUAGGAACAAUUGCUUUCUGUUUCAUGGCAGCUUUAAUUUUAAUCAUAAUUCUUAUUCAUUUGAGAGCUAGAACAAUUUCUGGUCUUCUGAAUUUGAUGGCUUGAUAAAAAUUUUAUUUUUUGUUUUUUUCGCAAAACCAUAAAAACAAAAAAUAUCAUAGAAACACAUAUCAGGUUUUAAUUUAUUGCUUUCAACUUACACAAACAUAAAUAAAUAUUUUUGUAUUCUUGGACACAUA